GCGGACAAAUGAACAAAAUUUGUACCAACUGUAAAGCUUAUUACUUUGACGGAGAGCAAAAUUGUUCUGGCCAAAUAAUGUUAUGCUGUCAAGGCGGAAAAGUUCUUAUAAAUCAUGAUAUUUAUCCAGAAUAUAUGGUUCGAGAUCCACCUGAAAUUCUUCAGGAAUUAUUAUCAGGAAAUCAUCAUUUAUCUAAAAAUUAUCUGCAACAUAUUCGUCAAUUUAAUAAUUCAUUGGCAUUUGCUUCAUUAGUGGUCAAACAAUCUUAUCCUUUAAUAUUGCAAGGUCGAGGACCAAAGAUAGUUAAAGUUCAUGGACAAGCAUACACAGCGAUUGCUGAGCCACAACCAUUGAACGGACAGCCACCUAGAUACGCUCAACUGUAUAUGUUAGAUCCAAUGCAAGCUCAUAUUGCUAGAGUAUCCAAUUCAUUAAAUGCAGGUUGUGAUGCUGAAUUAAUGCAUCUGCUGGAAAAUAUGUUGAUGACAAUUAAUAAUCCUUUU